CUGCACUGUGCACUGUAGGGAUGGUAUUAUAGAAGUAUAUAGGGCAUAAAUAUAUAUGGAACCGGAUAAAAUAUGUAUUAUAUAUAAGUAUCGGCAAUCAUUUUGGCGAUGGUGAGCGUUGGCGUGGUGAAGCCAUUUUAUUGACGCUGCUGCGCCAUUGGAGGUUGAGGGCCAAGGAUCAUGAAGCCUCCCUUACGCAGGAGAUCUGCCCCUGUGCGCUAUGAGAUCCAGAAUAUGGCCCCAGCACGCCCGGCACUCCUCCGCCUCGCAUGGACAGCCAGGGAAAAAAUGGAGCUCCUGAGGGCUCUCAAAUCCCAGGCCGGCAAAAAGGUCCCGGAGCCCCAGGUUCAAGGCCGGAGCCAGUCAGAGGUCUCCUCAUACAUUGCCUGGCUACGGGGCCGGGCUGCCCGGGAGGCCGUACAGACGGAGUAUGAGAAAUGGGCCAAGGAGAAGAAAACCCAGGAUGCUCAGACUCCUGCUCCCAUCGAGCUUUGGACAGACUUAGCCAGCAGGAUGUCUGACCCGACAGAAGAAACCGUAACUUCAGCGUUCUCACAGAUUCUGACAGUAGCAGCCACAGAACCGGUCAAUCUCUGUCACUCAAUCCCCAGCAAGUACCCUAGGGGGAGGGCGGCCGGUGCUACAGCUUCUGCCGGCCGAAGUGUGAAGCAGAAAGGCUCUUCAGAGGAGGCACCUGGUUCCUCGGGGGAGGAGCCAACUGCAUCUGCCAAUAAGGAUGGAUGGCAGAGUUUGGACUUUGAAAAGAUCUACAAAUAUCUGUCGAAAGCCGCUAGAGGGGAGGAGCUUCCACAGCUGUCUGGAUGUGAGUCUGCGGUACUUCUGCGGCUGCUUCAUUGCAUCCCGGACCAGUUUCAGGCACUGGACACUGCGGAGAUAGGCAUUUUCCUGCGUAAGACCUAUGCUUUCCUGAACUCCCAACCCAAGUCUGAGCCCUCGGAUACAGAGGAGACACAAACCCAUCCGCAGGCAACCAGCUGGAAGGACCUGGGCCUCUGUCCGCUGAAUCCUUUCCUUCUGCCCCUGGGACUGAUGAAACAGAAGGAGGAACAUCUGACGCCCGCUUGA